CAUUUCAUGGUCUUGAUGAUUGAUUGCGACGGCCCUGCGCCGUCACCCCGCAAACGGCAGGCUCUUCGCCAUGUCGUCCGGUUACAAAACCAGCCCAAUGGCACUGGCUUCCCACCAUGGCUGACAUGCUGUUUCGCGUAGCACGGACUUCUGGUGUUUGACUGGAGUCCAUUGUUUCUUUUUCUCCUCCUCUUCUUCCCAUCUCCUUGCUCACCUCUCUGUCCACCUAGCUUACAAAGUUGGUUUGCCUAUGUAUCGCUUGAAUCCACGUCCAGCCACCAACUGUUCAAGCGAAGCAACAACGAGCAGCCUACCUCGGGCUUUAUUAUCUAUCACUCUUCACCAAUCAUGAAGCUGUUCACCAUAUCUGCUCUCGCCUCCCUCACAUGGGCAUGCGUCUUGCCUGAGGAGAGGAUCGCCGGUCCUAGCAGCCGCCUUAGUCGCCGCCAGAUUAUGGGCAAUACAGGCAUUCCAGUCGGUACUGGAGAUCGUUUCAACGAUGGCAAGGAGCUGCCGCUGGGAGUUGGGACGCAGAACAAGGCAGUGACGUCUGUGCUCAGCGUCAAGGAGAUCGACAGCGGAUUCAGGGCGCUUGCAAGCCAUUACAAAUUCCAAACGUUUGAAGCUCCGCAGAAAACAUACGAGGGUCGUUCAGUCUAUGGUGGCAAGGUCGGCGGCAAUGGUACUUGCGAUGAUGCCUACAGGGUGUACCUGAACGGUGCGAUCCACGCUCGUGAGCGGGGUUCUGCCGAUGGCGUGCUGUUCUUUGUCGCCGAUCUCCUCUACGCCAACGAGAAAAAUACCGGCAUCACUUACGGCCGCAAGAGUUACAGCAACGCCGACGUCAAGAAGGCCUUGUCGGCUGGGCUUGUCUUUGUCCCCUUGUCCAACCCGGAUGGUGUCGCCUACGACCAGGCCUCCAAUAGCUGCUGGAGGAAGAAUCGCAAUCCUCGAUCAGCCAGAGCUGGGGAUGACUCGACGAUUGGCGUUGACCUGAACAGGAACUUUGACUUCCUAUGGGACUUCCCCAAAGAAUUUGCCCCAAGUGUUGCAAGCAGUGUAGCCAGCACCGAUCCCGGCUCUGAGGUUUUCCAUGGCACCAGCGCGUUCUCGGAACCUGAGACACAAAACAUCAAGUGGGUUCUGGAUACUUACAAAAAGGUUCGGUGGUUUGUUGACCUCCACUCCUAUACGGGCGAUGUGCUCUACAGCUGGGGGAGUGACACGAACCAGGAGAAAUACGACUAUAUGAACUUCCACAACUCAAGCUACAACGCCGUCCGUGGCCUCGUCAACGACGUACCUGGCCGCGGCCGGGGUUACGGCGAGUACACGCCGGCAGGAGAGGAUUCGGUCAACCAAGGUGCCGCCAAGCGAAUGGGUAACGCCAUGUCGGCUGCAAAUGGUCGCACAUACACGGUUUCACAGGCAGUCGGCCUUUAUCCUACUUCUGGGUCGAGUGACGACUACUCUUACUCAAGGCAUUUUACCGACCCUUCGAAGAACCUUGUACAUGGCUAUACUGUUGAGUUUGGGUUUGGAAACAAUGCAGUGCCGGACUGCCCAUUCUACCCAUCGGAAAGCCAGCACAAUGAUAACCUACGGGAGAUCGGAGCGGGUUUCAUGGAGACGCUGCUGGCUGCAGUCGAUCUUGGACUCGGUGAUGCUACCAAGUGCUGACCUGUUCAGUAAAGGAUCAUGGAAAUGCGCCGAUUUGGUGAUAUCCUGACUCAGCCACUCGUACGACACAUGCUUGCACAGUUUAAUAUGAUUAAUAUAACGAAAUACCCAGUGAUGCCC